AGCAGAAGUGGAACUUAGUGGAAGCUCGUCGCUGCAUUGAGAGGAUGAAUCUGCUAUCAGUGGAGCGCAAAAACCAGGUAAAACUCACCCAGUGGGCACAGGCUAACCAAUGGAGGAUCACAUGGCCUCAUCAGAGACGACGGGUACCGGAAGCAGUUCUGUAACCAUGGUAACAGACUCUAUGGGAACUGAUCCGGACCUACGGGUUCUGUGUAAGAGAGUGAACGUCCUGAAGCAGAAAGCAGGUUCAACCAUCCAGACUGACAGCUACCUGAGGAACAGGAUCAGAGAGUUAGAGAGAUCAGAGAGGAGCCUGCUGCUACAGCUCUAUCAGCUAGCCUCUGCCUCUCACCUCCCCAGCAUGCAACACUCCCAGAGGCUGGACCAAAGACUCCACAUGCUCAGGGAGGAAGUCAGGACCAUGACGCAGGAGAAGGUGCGAGGGGAGCAGGUAUGGAGGGAGCGACUGCAGCGCUGUCAAAGGCAGCUGAAGGCCAAAGAGGAGGAGAUGAGUCGCCAGUCGCAGUACUUUGAGAACUUUAAAACCCAACUCCAACACAAGCUCAGUCUGGCCCGGGACAGAGAGCAGAGCCUACAGAACCGGAUCUACACUUUAGAAAAGCAGCUGCUUGACAUGACUGUGAGCGCUGCCACUGGCAUGGCAACUGUCGGUGCAGUAAGAAUUACUGCUGGGACUGUAACACACUGGGCAGAGCAAGAGAGGCUAACUUCUAUGAGAGGAGAGGGUGAAGGAGAAGAGGAGAAGAAGGAGGAGAGGAGGAAGCAAUGGCAGCCAAAUGUGGGAACUGAAAGGGAAGGAGGACGAGAGGGUGAUGAGGGAAAGACAGAGAAAGAAACAGAAGGAGGGAGAAACAAAGAUACAAAACAGAACACAGAUGAUUCCAGGCUGCAAGGCUUCAUCCUGAGCCUGCAGGAGGAUCUCAGGGUGCUGCUGGAAAGAGAGGAAGAUGCGAUGAUGGCACGGAGGGGACUGAUGGAGCAGCUCCAGGAAGCCCAGGAGAGCAGCCACUUCCUGGGCUGCAAAGUGGAGGAGAUGAAGGCAGAGGUGCACCAGCUAAAGCGGUCUGAAAGCUCCCUGAUGGAGGAGGUUGAAGAGCUGAGAGAGGAGAACCACAAACUCCAGCAGAGCCUCAGGGAAGCUGCAAACCAAACACCCAGUCAGUCAUCCACAGUCCCUGAGUUCACAUUCCCGAGUCCCGGGACGAGCUCACCCAGCUGCAGCCCUGCUGUUUGUCCUGGGCCCUCCAACGCUCAAUCAGGGAGCUCGGGAGAGGUCCGGCCAACCUUGAAUGGGGCAACAGACUUGCCAUCUGCAGUUGUGCAUGUUCACCACCAGGAUCCAGCAGAGAGUGCACAGAACAACACGGAGGAUCUCUCAUCAUCUGCCAAAUCAGGUCCGCUGAGCCUCUUUUCUCGCCGUGGCUCCAAACACAACCUCAGCUUCCAGUCACUGUCCUUGACAACAGAGACAAUAGAUGAGUUUAAACUGGGGACGUGGUGCUCCAGAGGGCUCUUAAACUUGGAGGAAAUCCCCAGUGAGGAAUCUGAUGCCCUGAGGGAAGCAUAUAGGAGCUUGAGGUUAGGGGAGGAUCUUGAAGCCCUACAAGAACAACGUGGCCGCCUGGAGGCUGCCCUGCAGCACACACAGGAAGAACUGGAGGUGGUGGCUCGGGAGAAUACUCAGCUGAAAUUACAACUCAGGAAUCAGGUGGAGGAACUAGAAGCAGCACAGGGGUCUUCAAGAGAAAAGUUUGGCACAGGAUCCACCUGUGAUGGAGCUGACCAUCUCCAGUCCUCUCCCACCCAAGAUAACACCAUUGUUGCACGGGAUGAUCUCGUCCAAGCCUUGAAUCAGGAGAACCGGGCCCUGGCGGACCGGAUCCAGGAGCUGCUGGCUCACAUUGAGCUCAGAGAGGAGGAUAUCAAGAUAGGGCAAACGCAGCUGAGGGAGCACGUCUCCAAGUUAGAGGAGGACAGAGCCAGGCUGGAGCAGGAGAACCAGGAGCAAGGGUGUUUGAUCACAGAGCUCACCAGGAAGACUGAGGAUGAUCUCAACACCAUCAUGGAGCUGCAGCAAAAGUUAGAAGAGAGUGGAGAGGGGAACAAUCUAGAAGAAUGUGUGGACAGCUUGGUGGAAAGUGUGCUAAAAGGAGAAGAAAAACCACAGUUGAAGUCCAGUCAGCAACCAGGGGAUUUGAAUAUAGCUUCAGAACCUGGAUCUCAACAUAGUGAUCACCAUGAUUCGUCACAGAACAGCCCACAAAACACUUUGCAAGUUAGUUCAUUGACUGAUCAAGUUUACCACCUAAGCAAGACAGUCCAGAGCCUCAAAACAGAACAAGACGACCUGACAGGCAAUAUACAUUCUCUCAGAGAGCAACAAGGAGAAGUAGCUCUGUCAGUCAAAACACAGACCGAAGAGAAACAGCAGUUAACUCGGGCAGUUUGGGGACUGAAGGAGGAGAAAGACUGCAUCUCUCAGUGUCUGGCUGGUCUCAAACAAGAGAGAGAGCAGCUUACCAGGACAGUCUGUGGGCUGAAAGAUGAGAGAGAUCACUUUAUUAGGUCCAUGAGUGGCCUUAAAGAGGAGAAAGAGCAGCUAACAAAGUCUUUAUCUGGCCUUGAAAGAGAAAAAGAGGCACUGACGCAAUCUCUCUCAAGAGGAAAAGGCGAGAGAGAUCAAAUUAUGCCAUCCCUACAAAGUUUACAGACAGAGAGCGACCAGUUAAGCCAGGCCGUGCUCAAUCUGAAACACGAGAGAGACGAACUAAACAUUUCCCUUAAGUGUCUGAAAGAACAGAGAGACCGGGAGCAAUCAUCUUACACUUUACAAGGCGACGGUGACAAGUUGAUAAAGUCAGUUAGCACUUUGAGAGGAGAAAAGGAGAAAAUUGAACAUUCAAUCACUUGUUUGAAACAGGAGGAAAAGCAGAUAAUGCUCAUAAUUCAGGGCCUAAGAGAGGAAACAAACAACAUCCAGUCUGCCCUCCCCAGCCAAAUACAAACAGGGGACAAGAAUCAGAGGCAGCAUUUAUUGAAUCCAAACAGCGCUGGCAAUACAAAGGAAACGGAGACUCUUGUUGGAACGGGAGAUUAUUCUGCACAAAGAUGUCAGACUUAUAACUACAAGGAAAACUCAAUACAGCAGGAGCAAACUGAUUUGAUGACGGAAAUCGAAGCAUUGGGAGCACAACUGAAAAGAUCACGAGAGGAACUGGACAAGAGCCAUGAAGAAACAAAGAAGUUGCACAGUGAAUUGUGUCAGUCAGAUGCCAGGAGGCAGGAGGCAGAGAGGAAGGCAGCUCAAGCAGCCGAAAAGGUGAUGAGACUGACAGAUGUAACCAGUGAGAUGGAAGAAACCAGGAGGGAAAAUGAGAGUCUCAACACCCAGGUGAAGGAGCUGCAGAGCAAACUGACAGGCCUGGUUAGGGAAAAGACUGAUGCUCUGUCACUAAAGACACAGACAGAGGAGCAAUACAACAUCCUCACAGCUCAGCUCAAAGCUAAGACGGUGGCUCUUCAGGAGCUGAACUCCGAGUAUAUCUCUCUAAAACGAGGUCAGGGCUGCAAGGAUGAUCUGAGCACUGUUCUCAUGUCACUCCGGACACGCUACAACGACAUCAGAGCUAAGUAUGAUGCGCUCCUGAAAAAGAAGAGCCAGACAGAUCUGGAUUUAGCUCCCCUGAAGGCCAAGCUGUCGUGCCUGGUGGUCAAGUGUCAGGAGAGAAACAACUUCUUGGUUCAGAUGAUGAAAACCAUGCACAGACAAGGGUGCUUGGACUCCACACUCAAACAGCAGGUCGAGCAGCUGCUCAGUGACGCUGCUUUGCAGGACUACACUGCAGCGUUCACACCAGGAAGCAUCGUGAAGACUGGGGAUUACAGCGCUGGGUUUGCACCAAGAUUUAUUUCCAAAUUUCAAGACUACACCAGUGGAUUCAUACCUGAUCAGACGUGCCCUGCUGCAUUCACACCUGCAAACGAGCAACACCGAAAUGGUUUCAUGGCUGAAUCUGGAGUAAAAUGCAGAGACUCGAACAGUGAGAAACAUGUUCCGAUAUCCACUGCUGAAUCUUCAGCAAAUCUUCGAGACUGCAGUAGUGUAGUCACACCUGUAGCAACAGAAACACAGAAGAAAAAUGCCAACUCACCUGUGCCAACAGCACUAGUGCAAGAGAGCGCCAGUGUCGAAGCAACACCUGAGAGCGUGAUCACCAAUGAGGCACAGCUGUCUCCCUCUGCCACUGGACCAAUCCAAGCAGCCAGUGGUCCAGAGAAAUUUGGAGUUCACCAUCCAGACAUGCGUGCAAAGUCCUCCACAGAUCUGACCAGUUCGAGGGGAUCCUCACCGAGUCGUGCUCCUCCCUCCUUCAGCACACAUGUCAGUCCAAGCAGGAGGCUGAGCAGUCCUGAGAAGAUCAUCAGCCUGCAUGAGCAACUGCAGAAGACUCUGAUGAGCAGCUUUCAGGCUCCAGGGAACAGAGGAAGAGGACAGGAGCCCAGGAAAAGUCUCUCAUUUUCAGCUCCUGGAGACUUGAAUCCGGCCUCUCAGACAAACAAGCAGAGCCUCAGUUUCAAUAAACCACAUUGCAGCUCUCUCCCAGUCACUGCUGCUUCAAGCCAAGCCAAGGACACUCCCGUAGUUACAACUGAACCUGCUGCCACUAAUAAGCCAGCAACACUUUUUAAUGCAGUUGCCUCUAGAUCUGCUAAUGUUGCGCUCAGCCCCAACAUCUUUACUUACCAUCAUUUUAAAGCAGACAAAUCUAAAACUACAACAUCUGCUUGUUCUAGGUCAUCUACUAAUUCCCUUUUUGCUGCUAUGGCACCUGACAAAGCCAAAUCCACCUCAAACAGUGGCACUGAGAUAACAACAUCCCCAAAACUGUCACAGAAAGUCACUGCUAUCCCUAACGUACCUGAUGCAACACAUAGAGCUUCAACUCCUGUAACUCUGAGGACCACUACGUUUGACUCUGAUGUCUUAAUAAGUUCUGACACUAAUCCAAAAACCACUGCCUCAGACAUGACUGCUCCUGGCCAAUCAACUGCCCCCAAAUUUAAUAUUUCUUAUGGUGCUGCCCCUGCAUGUGAUGGACUUCCAUUCGCUGCAUCCGGGACUCAAUCCGCUCGUUGCUCUCCCGAGAGGUCCAUCACGUCUAUCAGAAAGUCCACUGCUGCUCCAGAUAAGACAAAGGCAGCAAGACCCAGACCAGCGGCACCAGCAGAGGUGCGCUCCGUUGAGGUCAUCAAAACAGUGGGCCAGAGCAGCCUCAUGAUUGGCUGGGAGAGGCCACCACUCGACGAGCUGGGCUGCAGCAACGGCACGUUUGUCUACGGAUACAGGGUGUUCAUAGACGGGGACUUCCACAAAUCUGUCAUGAGCUCGGCAUGCACCAAGUGUGUUGUGGAAAAUGUCGACCUGAGCGUCCCGGUCCAUAUCAGUGUCCAAACACUGGGAUCUAAUGGUCUGAUUUCAAACAGUGUCCACACCACCUACAGGACCUCAGUCAGGACAGACCAACACUGAGUGACUGACUACAACAUCUCACACACUGGUUUAGAUCAACAAGUAAGGCUGUGUCUCUGUACAAUUACAACAACUUCUCAGUGAACACCUUCCUCACCGGGGGCCGAGCUGUGAAUGUGCACAGCCAUCUAUAGCUGCAGCCCUCAGAGGGACUGUCCUAACCUCCACCUCAGCGGAGACGCUGUCACACUGCUGGGAUACCCUCUCCAUGUGAGGCUCAGGUCAACCAAUCAGAAAAACUCACCUCACAUGGUCCUUUACAUAUGAGCAUACAAUGACCUGCGACCAGCCACUAAACCUCAAAAUGAUUAACUGAAGAUGUCAAACAAAAUAUUGCAUAAGAUUCCUGCCUCUGCGCUGAGAGUUAAUCUGCAUGUGGAAGCAGGUGAAGACUAACUCCGUCCAUCUGUUGGAAGAACUUCCUGUUUCAGAGUCCCGCCCACAGGAUUCACCUUGUGAAUGGAAUGGACGUUGUCGCUGCCAGGUGAAAGGGCAGAGCGGCUGCCAAUCAAACGUCCUGAAGUCCUGAAAAACUGCUAAAAGCAAAAACAUUUAUGAAGCCAAGCUCAAUCACGCGGUCAAAAGCUGCCUGUGACACCUAUAUUUACUAACCAUGGAGGGACAUCUGCAUCUGCUGCACACUUUUACACUGUGUUAAACUCUGUCGGAUCAUGUGUCAUAGAGCUUCAUCUAAGAUCCACACUGCUGCCUCUCUGGACUCUGUGAUGUGAACAGCUGGCUGAAGGGACAUUUACUGUAUGAAAAGUCUUUUUAAAAAGCAACACUUACUGUAUAAUGUGCCGACACAACAUUGUACCCGAAGGUCAUCUUACUUGAUUUUUACACAUGAAGCCAAAUAUGAGAAAAGACGAUUAGCUCCAAAGACUUAUCUGUUUCCUUCUCCUCAUAGGUCUACAGGAUUUCUUUAAACACAGAAGCCAGAUGUUAUUUUAGUUCUAAAAUUUGCACACAAUCAUUAAUUAAAAAAAAGAGAGUACCACUGAUAUUUUUUGUAGAGAAUAUUAUAAAAAAUAUGCCAAUGGUGUAUACAAAAUUAUACCCACAUAUGUUUUUUUUGUAUGAGUGACACUUUGUUUUUCAUACCUAAUCGAUGUCAUGUUUGCACGCUCACACUGAUUUUUCUUUUAUACAAAGUUCACAACACACGCGUGAUGUUCUUUUGCUACUUACUGUAUGUAUGAGUGUGGAGUGACCAUGGUGCAGCAAAUGUAUUUUUCUAUCAGUAAUUGAUAAUAUUGAUUUCCCAUUGAUUCCUUACAACUGUACAGAGAAUAAAUGUUUAUAUGAUAUUAACUGUCACUAGAGUGUCUCUGUAUGUGUUAAUUUAAGUUUAUUAUUUUUCAUGGCAUACCGUGUA